GGCGCGGAGUCCCAGAGGCUGCGCAGCGGGAGGUCUGUUACUGGGGGCUCCGAGCAGCAGCCCGCAGACGAGCGCUGCCUUGCGUGCCUAGGGCCAACAGGAGAAAUCAUCAACAUGUCAUCUACUCUGUUGCCCAAACCACAGAUGAGGGGCCUACUGGCCAAACGUCUGAGAUUCCACAUUGUAGGAGCAAUGAUUGUAUCUGUGGGAUGUGCACUUAUAUACAAGUUUGGCGUGGCAGAACCCAGAAAACGAGCAUAUGCAGACUUCUAUAAAAACUAUGAUUCCAUGAAGGACUUUGAGGCCAUGAAGGAAGCUGGUGUGUUUGAAAGUGUACAACCCAAAAAUUCAUAAGCAGCAUAUGUAGAUCAUCUUCAAGGAGACUUGAAAAUUGAAACUUGUUUCUUCAGUCAUCUGUAAAAUGAGUAAUACACUUCAGUGCUGAGCAUGUGGUAGUGUAAUUCAAUAAACUAAAAUACUUAUGUGUAA